AGGGUUAGGACCAGAAUUCCUUUGAGCUGAUGCUUCGACUUUGUACCAGAAAUUUACGAAGGAAUGGUUUUCUCUACCGUCCGCUGACUCGAAAUUUCUCGUACUCAAAACACCUUCUGUCUACAAAGAACUUCAGCCAACUGCAUGCAAGUCCUGGUAAACAAACAACCGAAACUUUCGCGAAUUCUGUUCGACCAUCCAUCCGAAACCAGGUGUUGUUCUUCCUCUUCGGAUCUUCUUCCAUCCUCCUAUACUCAGCAUGGGCCACAAACAUUGAAACAGCUAUAGUUCUCGAAAAAUUGAAGUCUCAAUCAAGCGUAUGGCAAGCCCAAAGCAUAGCAAAUGUGGAUCUCAGAAGGUUUCAGCAAAUGGAAUUGGUCAAGGGCCUACGCUCCACUUACAAAUACCUGAACACUCAAGCAGCUGAAAUUCCACAGCUCAUCCGACCCUAUCUAAAUGCGGCCUACGUCGCUCUGCUACAACCCUACGCAGACGCGUCGGAGGGUCGCCGUCUGUGCUGGAAGAUCUGCCUGCUGAACACAGGUAUAUGGCUUAUGUGGCAGUUCCAGAGACUUCAGCCGAUGAUGAAUCGCGCCUUUGUACAUCAGCCGCUAUCUGGUCUUACUUACACUCUGUUAUCGAGUACAUUCAGUCAUUCUAGUCUCCUUCAUCUCGCAUUCAAUUGCCUCGCCUUGGAAGGAUUUGGAUCCGCCGCCACCACUUACCUUAGACAAGCACAGGACAAAAAUGUCCCAGGUCAACUAGAAUCAACUAGUUCUUAUCAUUUCCUAUCGUUUUACGUAUCUGCGGGUAUAUUUGCCAGCCUCGUAUCCCACGUCGCAAACGCUCGAAUCCGAUAUCCGAAAUUAAUCGCGCAGCUCUCCUCCCCAGCUAGCAGGACCCCAGCGACUGACACUUGGGCAUCUGCGGUCGCUGCCGCUUCUUCAACAGUAGGGAAAUCUGCUACUACUGCCUCAGUUGCCUCAGCUUCUGCGGUAACAAUUCCAGGAAGUCUAGGAGCUUCCGGGGCUGUAUAUUCUUGCGUGACCCUGGUAGCGCUAGCCUAUCCAGACUCACAAGUCUCAUUGAUUUUCCCGCCCGUUACCCCAAUAGGUAUUCAGACCGCCGCCUUGGGUAUCUUGACCUUGGACAUGAUUGGUAUAUAUCGCGGAUGGCGAAUGCUGGAUCAUUGGGCUCAUCUGGGUGGUGCUGCAUUUGGGGCCUUGUAUUUCUACUACGGUCCUUCGGUGUGGAGUCACACCCGGGCAAUCUUGUGAAAGCUCGGAAGUAGAAAAAUUAACUAUCUCAUCCAGUAAUUGACCUAGUCUAAUGCUGUCAUCAGAUUGCUGAAAGAACCAAGUAAAAUUUAUUCCCCAUCUUUCCGUAUGUUUUCCAAACGGAGUAUGAACUUGCAACGUCUUCCUUUGUACUUUGUACCAAACGUCUCCAGCUCCUGUCUCUUCGAUUCAUUCUUUUCCUUCUCAUGAACUUCCCAUAGCAGAAUGCUAUAAGUGCCUGCUUGGAAAUCACAGAGUCUUUCAGUCUUCCGCGGCCCCAGUUUGUAAGAAUGGCGCGCGAAAAGCUCUACACCUUCUCUGAAACUUGUGCG